AUCAGAACGUAUCUGCACAUUCUCGACUUGAAUGCUGUUAGCGAUCUAUUGUACGUGUUUUUCAUAAACUGGACAGUCUGGAUAUGAAUGCUUGCUCAGAAAAUGCAAAGAUAUGUGAUUUCAAUGAACGCUUUCGAAAGAGACACGAGGUGCCGUUGCAUUCGCGACUGAAGAAUAUGAGCCGUCGUUAUUUCUCGAAACAGUAUUACAAACGAUGUGCCCGUAAAACAUUUCCAUUCGUCAAAACCGUCCAAACGUAUAAAAUCAGGAAGUAUUUAGCAAAUGAUAUAAUAUCAGGACUUACGGUUGGAGUCAUGCAAAUACCACAAGGUAUGGCAUAUGCUAUGCUAUCUUCCCUUCCUCCAAUAUGUGGACUGUACAUCUCGUUCUUUGGGCCACUAGUCUACUUCUUUUUGGGGACAUCAAAGCAUGUGUCCAUGGGUUGUAUAUCCGUUGUUAGCCUCAUGAUUGGUUCAGUGAUGGAUGAUGCUACCUCAGAUCCCACCUUCAGUGUUCAAAACACUAUAAUCACUCAGAAUCUUACGUCACAUUCCAUACUGGGACCGUCGGAGAACAUUUCUAUAUUCGUAGGGAACAACACAGAAUUUGACAGUAUGACCAAUGUGGUACAACGAUCAAACGUCCAUCCAUCUAUUGACAGUUUUAAAAUCGAAAUUGCCAGUGCGUUAUCACUUGUUUCUGGGGUUGUUAUGAUAAUUUUAGGCAGAUUCGGUUUUGGAAUUAUAACAACCUAUAUGCCAGAACCAAUGGUUAGCGGUUUUACAUCGGCUGUUGCAUUUCUGAUCAUCACAGCUCAGGCGAAACAUAUAUUUGGUCUCAAUGUCUUUCGUUUUAAUGGAUACUUUAAAAUAAUCAAGACCUGGGUAGCUAUUCUGAAGAAUAUUGGCGAUACACAGUGGCUACCUCUAGUGAUAUUUACAGUGUCUUUCAUCAUUCUUUAUGUUGUCAAAGUUCAUAUCAACAUCCGCUAUAAGAAAAGACUGAAAGUUCCUAUUCCAGCUGACCUGAUAGUGGUAGUUUUAGCAACAGUCAUUACGUACACUGCAAAUUUAUAUGAAAACAAUGGUUUAAAUGUUGUAAAAGAUAUACCAGCUGGGUUCCCGUCGUUAAAUAUUCCAGAUUUAAAACUAGUCAUUCCCCUUUAUCUGAAAGAUGCAGUAAUGAUUGGGAUAGUAGCUUUUACCCAGACGGUUUCCAUAGCCAAAAUUUUAGCCCAGACAAAUAAUUAUGAUAUUAACCCAAACCAGGAAAUGGUAGCGUAUGGCGCCGGAAGUUUAGCUUGUUCUUUGUUUUCUGGGUACAUUCCCGCGGGGUCUGUAGGACGUAGUAUGGUACAGGAAUCGGCUGGGGGUAAAACGCAGGUUGCAUCUUUGUUUGGUUGUCUUGUUGUUCUUGUUGUCAUUGUUGCCAUAGGACCAUUAUUUUACAAUUUACCCAAGUGUGUUUUAUCAGCUGUGGUGCUCAUGAGCCUGCGUGGAAUGUUCUUACAGUAUUUAGAACUGCCCUCUCUGUGGCGGAAAUCAAAAAUAGAUUUUAUGAUAUGGAUCGUGACAGCCGCCAGCACAAUUGUACUUGAUGCUGAGAUAGGGAUAGUCAUAGGGAUUGCCUUCUCUAUCUUCACGGUUACCUUCAGGACUCAAAGAGCAUAUGGUUACAAAGCUGGCUUUGUGGAACAAACAAACAUUUUGAGAAAUGUCAAGCGGUAUCAACCGAUCCGCUCAGAUGACGACAAUCGAAUUCACUUCGUACAAUACCAUGGACCAGUAUUUUUUGCUAAUGCAGACCAUUUCAUGAGAACAGUGUACCAAAAAUCAGGACUGGAACCUAAGGUUCUUCGUAAAUCUAAGAAACAACAAGGGGAAGUCACAGUAACAGUUGCAGAAAAUACAGAAAACGAACUGGAUGAAAAAGAAACUUUAACAAAUGAAAGACAGAAAAUCGUGAUUGAUUUCACUGCAGUAAACUUUGUCGAUCUUGUUGGAGUGAAGACGAUAAAACGGGUACAUUCAGAUUAUAACGUUGCUGGUGUUGAUGUACUGUUUGUUGGAUGUAAUGAUGAUGUUAUUGACAUGCUGACGAAAUGUGAUGCCAUGAAAGAACUGUCACCUUUUCUCAUUACAUCAGUGGAAUCAUUAUUAUCCCAUAUAAAUAAUCCUCAAACGCACACUUUAUGUAAUGGAAAGGAAAUAUGUGAUAAUGGUUGUCCACCAACAAACAGAGAAGCUCAUUAACCUUUAUUGAUUUAAAACUUUCCACAUAUCUGCAGUAUUAGGUCUAGUAUCUCAGAAUAUGAUGACAGGAAUUCAAAGAAGCGUAUGCGGCUUGGCGAUUGUCAUUUGCAAUGGACACGAAUGUUGCCAAUAACGAUGUUGUUAUAAAUGCUCAACAUUCGGCAGAACAUAUACUCUAACUAAUGUCUGUUUUAAAGAAAGGGUUGUUAAAUAGA